AUGACAGAGAAAAAUUGGCCAUCCUUUAAACCUCUCAUCCAUCACGACAUUGAUGCAGCAAUCGAUGGACCACAUGAGCGAGCACUUGUGCAUCGUUCUUACAACCUUUGGAAAUUUUAUGCUCUCACUCUGGUUGCAAAUCUUGUGGCUGUAAUCGGUUUGGCAACGACUGGAUUAUGGGGAUCAAUGGUCAUUGGGAUUCUUCUUGCAGUCCUUUAUCUUUUGAUAUUGCCGGUAGUCGACUUUCUAGGACGUCAUUGGAAUUUAUAUAAUGGAUUCAGAUCGCAAUCUCCAAUGUCAAUACGCUUGUUCUUCCUAGCACAAGCGUUAUUCAUCUUUUUCGAUUUCUUCAUCGGAAUCGGAUUAUUCGCUGGUGGUGGCGGUGGGAUAAUUGCUAUGACUCGAUGUUUCCAGAACUCGAAAUAUGUUGCCGGUGUGUUAAGUGCUAUUUGUGUGGUGUUUGUGUUCACGCUGGCUGGAUUUAAUGUUGUGCUGUUUAUUGAGGUCUACAAGGCGUUCAAAGGUAGAGGAUGGCCUUUGCUCCCUGGUGGCAAGAGCUAG